CAUUCGAAUGAUCAUCAAAUUCAAACAAGCUCUAGAACGGAGCUGAUCUUCUCGUUCUGCAAACAGUGUUUAGGUGAUUGUUUACAUCAUGCUGAAGUUGGCACUUUUCGUCGGUUUGGUUGGGUGUGUGGUUGCGUACGAUUUCCAGGAUUCGUUCUACAAUGAGGUCUUGAUGGAAGAUUUGCUGGACAAUGCAGAUGAGCCCGUCAUGUUCGGUCGGUUCCGUCGCUCGGCGUCUGAAGUGCAGGAUGAUAAGUGCAAGCGCAAGUACAAAUGCUGCAACGACGCCAACACGGAGAACAUGGAAAAGAUCCACGAAAUCAAGAAGCAGUGCUUCAUGGAGGUGCGCAACAAGAACAAGGCCGAUGGAGCUUACGAACCGGUUGACUUCUUCUCGUGCGAACGGCUCAACAAAACCAAGAUGGAAGUGAUCUGCGCCAUGGAGUGCGUCGGCCGCAAGAAGGAAGUCGUCAACGAGGACGGUACGCUGAUCGAGCCGAAGCUGAUGGAGUUUGUGAAGAGCAACUUUGCGGCGGACGACUGGCAGCAGCCGCUGCUGGCCGGACACAUCGAAACCUGCGUCAAGGAGGCCAAGGACAAGGCGGCCAAAAUGCCCCGGGAAGCGGGCCAGUGCAGUUCGGAAACGUCCAACUUUGGGUACUGCAUGUGGCGUCAGAUGGCGCUGGCCUGCCCGAAGGAUAAGCAGGUGGCCAACAAGCGCUGUGAUCGCAUCCGCGAGAAGCUGGCCAACAAUGAGCCGCUGCACUACUAUAAGGCUGAGCUGGAGGAUAUGUAAGGAAUUUGUGGGAAUGCGUGAUAAGACAAACACAAAAUAGGACGCACUGGGUUAUCGAAAUAAAAGGCAAUGAUGCAAAAAGCAUUCAAAACA